AUCCUCAUUUUUUAAAUAACGUUUCACAAAUUCGUUUCAAAAUUUCGUUACGUGUGUAUCGAUAGUGCGUCGCCUCUCCUCGGCCUUCGACCGUGAUUUCUGUGAAAAAAAACGAUUUGGUGCAUCAUCAGUGUUUGUUGUGCGAUCAUGAUUUAUAUUGUUAUCGAUGCUCGUGUCCCGCGGAAUUCGAUCGGGUACAUCGAUUGAAAUGAUAACGUAUGUGUGUGCUACCGAGCUGGGAAAUCCUCGAAUUUUAUUCGAUAUCUGUACGGGAGUUUGACCUCUCGCCUCUUUUCAGCUUUUAUCGAUGAAUAUACGUACCCAAUAUACUAACCCACAUAACAAAUGCUCUAGUCCAUGUCGCAUAUAGAAACUCUCUAAAAUGAGAGUCUCUAUAGUGUCACAUUGUUGCCAUUCCGACGCUACUGAGAUUGAAAAUCCCGCCAUUUCUUAUGCACCACUCAAAGUGUCUCGAGUUACCACUCGAGCAUUGUCUCGAGUUACUUUUUUUCAUUUUUAUCAUACCACGUUGUCAACGCGUAUACAAUUUACGAUUUCGUCUUGGCUUUUAUACCAACGACGUAUACAAUUCCUCGUUUCGUCCAAUUUCUAGACACAAUAUUUAUCACUCAUUCCGUACGAAUUAAAAAUAGCCAAUGCGCGUGUCAGGCGAUGAAUUUAUUUGACAAAAAUUAUUUUCCAAUUUACUGUACAAAUUCGUACAUCAUUAUCGUAUACGAAUAUGGACGCUCAGCUCCGUUAGAAUGAGCUGACGUUUACAUUUGCAAGUUUUUUUUUUAUUAUUUUGCAUAUUCGCAAAGAUAUGGAUUCCAGAUCUUGGCUCAUAGGUGUGUUUCGAGGUUAUGUCCCCGGUCCCGUGGUGUUUUCGCGGAAUACAUUCGUGAUGAUUUUUUGUGAAAUUGAAUGGAAAUAAGCAGUUUACAGUGUCUUUUGUAUAUGCGUAUGUGCCACAAAACGCGUAAUUCUCGUUGAAAUAAAUUUCUGUAAGGCCAUUCGUCUCUCAACAGCUGGCGUUUUGGUCGAAGAAAUUUCGAAAAAUUCGGAACGAGUUCUGUGCGAAAAUAGUGAAAAAAAAGUGUGAUUUUGGCCUCGCAUUUCGGAGAUUUCGACGCAGUGAUCGGUCGAAGAUCUCCGCAACGUUUCUAUUUCUGACACUCGGAACUUUUAGACAGAGAAUCGGUCGAAUCUCGUCGGGAAAAUUGAACUCUGGAAAUUAGCAAAAAGCCACCUUUUUUCAAGCACCGUGAUCAGACACCGACCGCGAUCGACGCUCUCAAGUGUGAAAUGUAAGAAAAAAGUGAUUCGAAUGCUGCGCAAGUUUUCGCGAGUUUCCGUGCAUUCAUCGAAAAUCCACGGUAACGUGGCUGCAGCCGGACUGCUUUAUUUUUUCCCCUGUAUGUGAAAGGUUCAAUGCUCGAGCCGCCAAGACUGUCUCGCGUUGGUUCGCGCAAUCACAAACGUACGAAAUCGAAUCGAUGGAAUGUGCUCGCCAGUAUCGAGAUCCCACAAAUUCGGUGUCGUAUAUUGUAACUGGGUGGAGCUUCUUUUCGAGUGCGUUGAAAAUUACGCGCUCGCGAUGUCAGAUAUAAAAGAGACAGCGGGCAUAAAAAUAACGUCGAGGUAGGAACUCUUUGCCGGAUUAAUCGAGAGAUAAGAAUAAAAAACUACGAAGAAACGAAACUGCGCGAGAGUCUGCAGUUUUAUUCCAGUGGCUCAUUCGGUCCUCGGUAGUUUCAUUUUUCUGCAAAUAUUCUGUCCCCGGCUCGGUCGGCGUACAAGCGGUGUGCCAAAAGUCACGCACGUUUCUGACGUUCCACGAGCUUCGAUAUUCUCAUCGUAGAAAUAUUCCCUCGAUUCUCCUCAACGAAAUGCCACACAAAAAGUCUGCUGUCGUUGAAAACGCUGUAAAUACUCUGCGAAUAUGGCUAAUGCUGACAGAAUAUAUUCGAAGAGACGGUGGCUCGAGCCACCUCGUGUGCACAAGCGCUAGCUUACAAUUAGAGUUUUUCUAAGAGCCGUAGAGUGUCAUAAAGAUUUUGAUAAGGCUUUCAUGACUUUUCUCUGCUUUUUAUUUAUCGCGCUCGCGGACGUCGUUUCUUCGAGCACGUGCACUGAUUCUCACUACACGCACAUAACCCAAGAUAGCCUCGUUUUAUUCAACCGACGUUCUCUCUUUUUCUCUCUCUCUCUCUCAGUCUCUCCUGUCCUGGUAGUUUCUUGCAGAAACGCAAUAAUACGUUUUUGCUCGGGCGCAUGCCGACAUGACUCAUGAAAAUCGAGUGUUCCGCGUCUCGAUACGUCGGACUAAAAUUUUCGAAACUUGAUCGAUUAUUCGUGCUAUUUUUGACACCUGUGACAUGCGGGAGGGUCGACACUUGUUCAAACACACGAAAAAGAGACGCGACUUCGAAUCCCUCCCCUCCGAAGAGUUCCGUGUGUAUUUAUUUCCCAGUUCGCUUCUCUUUGUGCUUUACAUUUCAUGAUCCGCGCGCAUACCCGCGGCUUUGGAAAAGCCCGCGUUUGCUGGCCGCGCCUCUUUUUUCCGCAAACCUCUCACGGGUGAGUUAUUAAUUUCGAGCCGCGAAAUAUAUUCUUUUUGCGAAAAUUCGCAACAGGCGAAUAUCUCCCUCGCUUCUGAAAUAUAUUCGUUAGAAAUUUUCUUCGCAACUAUCGAUUUUUUUCAGUGUGUUCUCGCGGUUUUUGACACCCGGAAGAAAAUCGAGGCAAAUAUUGCGGUGGUUUUCCAUUUUUUUUUCCAAAUUCCAGCCCCUCCCAUAGAUCAGCCUCCAGUCUCAGUUUUCUGUUCCGGCAGGCUCGAAUGAAAGAAGCAAAGAAAUAAAAAAAUUCCCUAAUUUGUGUCAAGUAGAUAAAAAAAAAAUAAUAAUUUGAAAAACGAAACGAUUCGUUUCGUUCGAUGAAAGUUCAUCGGAUGAACGAUUUCCAAAGAUUUUCUCGAUAUCCAAAUAUCGACAACGGUCACGUGUCCUCAAAUAUUUUAUUGGAGGAGAUUUCGAGGAGAAUAAUAGCAUUUUGUUCCAUCGAAGAUAGACUCGUGCAUUCGAGACUGGUUUCUCUUAUCGUCGUGUUAUCGCGACCUUGAAGAUCGAACGCUUUGCACCGUGGCAAUAAAAUAUCGUCACAAACUCAUUUCAAUUGUGCAAUAGGUAUCGUUUCGGAAAAUUGUAUCAGUGGCCUCGCGGGUUCUCGAGCAGGAAAAGCGACGUUAUUUGAGCGCUCUAUUCGCUGCAGUCGUCGUCUACAAACAUUUGGUUUUUCAUUCACUAAGAAAAUUGGGAAUCGCGCGUAGUACGCCUCGGUGACGAGCGUGAAUAUUAUCUCCGUGGGUUAAAGGGGCUCGGCGACCGAAGUCGAUGAAUCCAGAAAAUAGCGCUUUUCGAAGCGAGCAUGAAUAAGGUGAGAAAGAGCGAGGAAACUCGAACAGGGAUCGCGUAAAUAUUAUUCUCCUGUGUUGUUGCCUGGGACGAUCGCGGGGCCGAGCGAAGAUGGCGCGUCGGCUCGCACAGCGGAAAUAAUAGUAAACAUGGACAGAGUGAAGUGUCGCCGAGGACUCUGUGUUGUCGCAGUGAGUUGGAAUAAAUCCGAAAAACCGUUAACCAGUGGAUCGAUCUCAGUGCAACGUCGUCGUCCGUUCACCGCAUAAAUAAUCAUUCCAAAAUUCACAUUAUUUUUUAAAGCAGUGACAAAUCCAUUCAAAUAUUUUAAACACAAGAAAAUAAAAUUGCCGCCGAUCCUCGUCAUGACUCUCAAGAAAGAUGCCAAUAAACAUUCGAAAAAAAAUAAUAAAAAAUCACAAACAACGACCAACGAAAAUCCUGGGCCCGAACACUUUGAAAAAUCCUCUUCUGAGAACACACACAAAAGGGAUGAGACAGGCUCGUCCACGAGCGCGAGUCUUACGAGUGUCGACGAUUCAGAAGCGGUGAAAAACGAGGAGGAUCCGAGGCACGGUGUGGUGUACGGCAGUAGCACGAGCAGCGGCGGCUCGGGCAACCCCAAAAAGCUCGAUCGCAAGCCCUCCUUGCGACGAAAAUUUGGAGCGCUGAUACGUGGGAGCGCUGAAUUACCGGCUGCUAUUAAUCGCGGCCUUCAGCCAAUACGGCGAAGCCUGAGCUUUAGCAAGGAUUUAAACCGCGUUUACGAAACUCAACCGGCAUCUGCGGAUCGUCAUCAUGCAAGAACCAGAAGCGCUCAAUGGUACAACAGUCUUGGCUCGUUGGCUGAAAAUUCCAAAGACGAGGAAGACGAUUCGACCCACAAUGCUACCAAUAAUUACAACAACAAUAAUAAUAAUAAUAAAAACAAACUCAAAAAGCACAAUAACGAGGAUGAUAACAGUGCAAUUGUUAACGUUCGUAAUUCGGAGGUUGAUGACGACGAUGACGACGACGACGACGACGAAAGAUUCGGAAGGGAAAAAUUGGGCGGAAGAAUCGUUGCGAGAACUCACAGUCUUUUGGACAAAGAUUUUGCCCCGAGCCACAGACGAAGAACUCACACGGUUUCUGGGAAUGUUGCACUUUUUGGACGACACAGCGAUCACUAUGACUCGGCCAUAGAUUUGAGCAAACCACCUUUCGAAGCCAUCAGUCUGCCGGUCUUAACGCAUUCCUCGAUAGACGAAGAUGAAUCAGGGUCGAGACAGAGGAGAGAGCAUAGAGUCUGGAACGGAUGGGGGAACUUGAGAGCGAGCGCGCGAAACCUGUCGCUACUUCGUCUCGGCUCUUCAUUCACGAGAGAACGGUCCAGCUACUCGGUCCGCUCGAGGUCGUUGAGCCAGCUCGACGCCCUCGGGACGAGCAUGCUGGACACCGGUGAGCACCGUCUCGUCACCGGUGCUACGUCGCCUCAUCAGACACCGCAGCAACAGCACCAACAGACCCAGAAUCGCUUCCUCUCGCACCACCAAAAUCAACAGCAUUACAUACCACCGCCGGGGGAAUGCAGUCCCCGUUUUUUGGUACCGAGCUCGGCAUCAAUCGAUGGAUCUCACACGAAUCGCCAUCGUCACAAGCUGUCCCGUUCUCAGGUAUCCAGCAGCGAAUACUUCAGCGUGAGUUUUGAAGUGGGCGACGAGUCUGGAUCGCUGGAGCGAGAAGAAUUUCUACCUGCUACGAAGGGAACCUUUUUGGUCGAAGCCCUCGGAGGUGCCUGCGAACGUCGAGGCGUCGAUCUUGGCCGCGUUGACGUACUGCUCGAAGCAUUUUCAAAUCCCCUGCCGAUUCUAACGACCGAAACCUCUUGCCUUGGUGGAAAACACCUCCGAAUAACAGCUAAAGACGAAAAGCUCGCAUCACGUUCGGCGAGUCAGAGGAGCAAUCAAAAUGUUUCAUUGCGUAAAACGAGCGGAAGUUAUCGUGGUCGGAGCGGCCGCUUCUUCAGCGUUUCGACCGAAGACUCGAGCGUCGAUUCGGAGAUCGGGACAGCUGCGGCACUCGCGAGUAGCAAAACCUCUGCUGGCACAGCAGGACUCAAGGCAAGCAAACAACGCUGGAGCGGUUUCUUUACCAACACGAAAGGUACCAAAAUGGAGUUGCUCGUCGAGCAGCUCAACGGUUACACCAAACACGGCGUUCCUCGUCUUCCCGAAAUUCAACUUCCUUACGAUUUCACGACCAACGAAGAAGCUCUGUAUGGCCUGGAAGACGACUGGCGCGACAUCGUCGAAAACUCGGAUCGUUUGACAGAGAAACAACAGCAACAGCAAACGGCUCUCUGGGAAUUGGCACAGACCGAAGCUGCUUAUAUAAGAACAUUGAAAGUCGUUACGGACCUCUUCAUGGCGUGUUUGUGCAGUUUACAAGCAUCAAACAUUUUGAACGAGGUCGACAGAACGCGAUUAUUCAGCAAUAUACCAGACAUUUACGCAGCUAAUCGUUUUUUCUGGAGCGAGCAUAUACUCGGCAUGAUAAAUGUCGCUAAAUCGAGCGGGAAUCCGUUGGAUCCUGGUCAUUUACUCCACGGUUUUGAAACGUUCGAGCAAACCUUCGCACCGUAUACGAGAUACUGCUCGGAGCAAAGCAAAUGCCAACAAUACUGCAGAGAGAGACUCAACGACAACGAAUUAUUUACGGCCUAUCUAGUAUGGUGCGAAACACAGAAAGAUUGCAAUCGCUUGAGACUUCUCGACAUACUCGUAAAACCGAUGCAGCGAUUGACGAAAUACUCGCUUCUGCUCAAAGCCGUUCACAAAAACACGGAAAACGAAGAACAGCGAGUCGAAUUGACGAUGAUGAUAAAAUGCGUCGACAGCUUCGUCGCAUCGGUAAACGCUGCGCUCAGAAGAACCGAGGAAACAGCUAGGCUCGCGAGUGCAGCACUCCGAAUCGAGAGCUACGAUGUUGUGGAGUCGAGAGACGAAGAACUCGAAAAAUUGGUCAAGAUCCACAGCAGUCUGGACAUAACGACUGCACCGAUGCCGGGUUGUCCAAAAGAUACACUGAGGACUCUUAUUCGCGAAGGUGAUCUCAAACUACGUGACGCAGCAACCAGCAAAAGCGAAGUACACGUUCUCCUCUUGACCGACAUGUUACUGUUGUGCAAAACAUCAACGAAAAAAGCAUCGGGGAGUAGCAGCUCAGGAACUGGUCUCGGUGGCUUAAAAGUCAUUCGCCAACCUUACGUCGUCGAUCGGAUACGUAUUCACGAGCUCAAAGAACCUACGAGCGUCGGUUUGGUUUAUCUCAAUGAAUACGGUGCCGCUUCCGGUGCAUUCGUACUCAGCGCUAGCGAACCAAAACUUGCAAAGUCGUGGAUGGAAUCACUGAGAAAGGCUCAACAGCAAUUCGCUAUUAUGAAACUGCCUCCUGUCGGUGGUAUUCCGCCAAUCGCAGCGGUCAGCAGACAAGCGAGCACUUACCUCGGGGACGGCGAUUACGAGAUGGAAGAGUGCGACGUUUUGCCGAGAACUCCGCGCGGCAGUAGCAGAGCUUCGCGAGUCAGCAGUCUCGCUCAUAGUCACAGUGGGAGCAUGGAAAUGGAGGGCGUUUCACCUGGCAGCAGCAACUUCGUACCGAGCUACAAUGCCAGUAGAAACGUCAGCGUUGAAACGAGCGAACCGCCACGUGCCUCGAGCGUCUCGUCGGAAGAAGGCGGUGAAGUUGGUGCCGGUCACAAUCAUAGACCUCUGCAAAUCAGACGUUCGUUGUUGAGUAAAUCGCCAACGCCUAACACCCUCAGCGUCCAAGUACCAGCGUAUUCGAGCCUGGGUCAAUCGUUACCAAAUCUCACGCUGGCUACUUCGCCGCAAACGUCGACCGUCUCGCCGACGCCACCGAAUUCACUUCUGAUCGUACCCCAAAUCACUAAAAGCAAAGACACGUUAUUAUCACCUGGACACAGAGGCAUCUCUUAUCCGCCGCCAUCGCCGCCAAGAGGGGCUCUCAGACGUGCGUUCGCAAUACCUCAAUCGCGCAAUCCACCGCUCAUAAAAACGAGACAUGUCAAUGCCUCGGUGACCCAAACAGCUAUCCAGGCAACUUUGAGUUUGGAUGCCGAUGCCAUCGAAGAACGACGCCGGAGAUUGGAACCCAGUCAAAGACCUUCGCCGACUGGAAUUAUCGCUAAGGAAGAGAAGAGACACGAGGAAAACCGAUGAAACGUUACGGUGAAUCCUUUGAGAGGAUGUCAGACGCGAUUCGUAAAGGACGCGGGCUUCGUCCUUUGCCGUUGAUCCUCGAGGACUUUCACAUCGGCAAACGCCUGUGCGGAGAAGUGUGGUGGCCGCACAAAUACGAGGCGUUUGCAUUCGUAUCGAGGAAUGGCAAAAUGAAUUUUCUAACAUUGUCGAAAAUUGUCUUGUACACUUGUAAGCCUACGAAACGAAAAAAUAUAUUCGAGCACAUCAACAAUCGAUAGGGGCCAUUUCGAGUCAACGUGGACGUUUUUAACAUCACGACUAUAUACGAUUUAAUACUUCCUUAGCGUAAACGCGUCGUCAUUUCAUUCAAACUUUUCUCUCUAUCUCUACUUUAUCGUUUUUCUUUCCUGUAUUUGGAAGUCUGGGCGAAGUCGUCUCGUUGAGAGAAUAAUUAAGUAACGAGCGACUCGAAGAGUUAUUUAGAUAAUUAAGCGAACAAACGGGCCUACGUAGGAUAAUAUUUGAAUAAAUGUUAGGGAAACGACGUGAGAUUAAUAGAGAGAACGUAUUAGUCUUUGAAUGUAAUUAUAGUAAAAGAGAAAAACGAAAAGCAAAAUCUUCGGGGUUGAAGAAGCAAAAAUAGAACGAAGGACAAAGAAAGCGUGUGAUCUUUUAGUAGAAAAUAAGUAAGGACCAUUUUGUAGAUAAUUAUUAAUCAAAAUUUACGCAAUUUGGCCUCGAUUAUGUCUACGGCCUCACGCUCUUAUGUCCGAAAAGCGCAAGAGAAUAUAAUAUAUUAUAAAUAUAAAAAUACUUAAAAAUACUUUUUAAGUACAAAUAAAACAUUGUACGAAGGGAAAACUAUUCCGCUCUGUUGCUUCGCGAGUGAAAAUCGCGAAUAUCAAACUAGCAACAACUACUAUAUCUUCAUAGUAGAUCUAACGUUAAACUAUAGUUAUUUUCUUUAUUUUUCUUUUUAUUACGUUCAAGAGCUCUACAUUCCUUUUAUUUUUUCCAGCAUAUAUUCUCAUUCCUUCGCUCGUGCCGCUUGCAUCAAGCUAUGUUAAAUUAUUGUUACGAAACAAAAAGAAAACAAAAAAAAAUGCAACACGAAACAAAUAAGGCCUAAGAUUGUACGACUACGUACACGAUCAGACAAAAAUAUAAUGCGUAAUUUAUUAA